AUGGCACCCAGAAGAAACAUGAUAUCAAGGCCUCAUUCGCUCAGUACUUAUGAAGUCAUGUUUGCAGCUCUCUUCACUAUACUUAUGGUGGUCUGUGUUGGAUUAAUUAUAGUUUCUUGUUUAGUAAUCAAGGCUUCAGAAAGAGACACAGAGAUCGGAAAAGGUUAUGAAACAAGAGGGACAUUCAAAAUAAUUUCCGGAGCUACAUAUCAUCCAAGUCUGCAAGACAAGAACUCAGUGGAUUUCAAAGUCCUUUCCUUUGAUCUUCAGGAAAUGAUAAAUGAUAUCCUUCAAUCAAGUAAGCUGCAAAAUGAGUAUAGAAAUUCAAGAAUUUUACAAUUUAGAAAUGGCAGUGUUAUAGUCAUAUUCAACCUUUUCUUCACCCAGUGGGUAGCAAAUGAAAAUGUAAAAGAAGAACUGAUUCAAGGCAUUGAAGCAAAUAAAUCCAGUCAACUGAUCACCUUCCAUAUUGAUUUGAACAGUAUUGAGAUCACAGUAAACCUGAGCACCAGCAGGCAUACUUCAAAACCUGGAAAUAUUUCGAUAGAGUGCCCACCUGGUUCAAGACUUUGUUCUGGUACUCAGAAGUGCAUAGCAGUUGACCAGUUUUGCAAUGGAGAGUUAAACUGCCCAAAUGGUUCAGAUGAAGACAAUAAACUCUGUGCCACUGUUUGUGAUGGAAGAUUUUUGUUGACUGGAUCCUCAGGAUCAUUUCAGGCUGACCAUUAUCCAAAGCCUUCCACAUCAAGUGUGGCUUGCCAGUGGAUUAUUCGUGUAAACCAAGGACUUUCUGUUGCACUGAAAUUCAAUUCUUUUAAUACACAUUAUACUGAUAUAUUAGAUAUUUAUGAAGGUGUGGGUUCAAACAAGAUUUUAAGAGCUUCUCUCUCGGAAAAGAAUCCUGGUACAAUCAGAAUAUUUUCCAAUGAAGUAACUGCCCUCUUUAAUAUACAAUCUGAUGAAAAUGAGUAUGUUGGAUUUAAUGUUACAUACACUGCAUUUAACAGCAGCGAUCUUAAUAACUAUGAGAAAAUUAAUUGUAAUUUUGAAGAUGGCUUUUGUUUCUGGAUCCAGGAUCUAAAUGAUGAUAAUGAGUGGGAAAGGAUUCAAGGCCACACCUUUCCUCCAACAACUGGACCAAAUUUUGACCAUACUUUUGGCAACAUUUCAGGAUAUUACAUUUCCACCCCAACUGGACCAGGAGGGAGAAGAGAAAGAGUAGCACUUCUUAGUCUCCCUUUAGAGCCUACUUCAGAGCCAGUCUGCCUUAGCUUCUGGUAUUGUAUGUUUGGUAUUAAUGUAUAUAAAUUAAGUAUUAAUAUCAGCAAUGACCGAAACUUGGAGAAGACUAUUUUUCAAAAGGAAGGAAAUUAUGGAGAAAAUUGGAAUUAUGGACAAGUAACAUUAAAUGAAACAGUGAAAUUUAAGCUUUCAAUUAAUGCUAUUAAAAACCAAAUUCUGAGUGAUAUAGCAUUGGAUGACAUUAGUCUAACUCAUGGAAUUUGCAAUAUGAGUCUCUAUCCAGAACCAACCUUGGUCCCAACUCCUCCACCAGAGCUGCCUACGGACUGUGGAGGACCUUUUGAAUUAUGGGAGCCAAAUACAACAUUCACUUCUACAAAUUUUCCAAAUAACUAUCCUAAUAAGGCUUUCUGCAUAUGGAAUUUAAAUGCACAAAAGGGAAAGAAUAUACAACUUCAUUUUGAAGAAUUUGAAUUGGAAGAUAUUGCAGAUGUGGUUGAAAUCAGAGAUGGUCAAGGAAAUGACUCCUUGCUUUUAGCUGUGUACACAGGGCCUGGGCCAGUAAAGGAUGUGUUUUCAACUUCCAACGAAAUGACUGUGAUUUUCAUCUCUGAUAGUGAAUUGACAAAGAAAGGAUUUAAAGCCAAUUUCACUACUGGCUAUCACUUGGGGAUUCCAGAGCCUUGCAAGGAAGACAGUUUUCAGUGUAAGGAUGGAGACUGUAUUCCACUGGCCAAUCUCUGUGACAGUUCUCCACACUGUAAGGAUGGCUCAGACGAAGAGCACUGUGUGCGUCUUUACAAUGGCACCAGGAACAAGGGAUUAGUGCAAUUCAGAAUGAAGAAUAUGUGGCAUACAGCUUGUGCUGAGAACUGGACCACUCAGAUUUCAAAUAAUGUUUGUGAGCUAUUGGGACUAGGAAAUGAAAACUCAUCAAUGCCAGUCAAGUCUACUGAAGAUGGACCAUACAUAAAAUUAGGCAUAUCACCUAAUGGAAGUCUAAUACUAACACCAAGUACACAGUGUUCACAGGAUUCACUGAUUCUAUUAUACUGUAACCAUAAACCUUGUGGGAAAAAACUGGUGACUCAAGAAACUACUCCAAAGAUUGUUGGAGGAAAUGAUGCCAAAGAAGGAGCUUGGCCCUGGCUUGUUGCUCUGUAUUAUAACAACAAACUGCUUUGUGGUGCUUCUCUCAUCAGCAGUGAAUGGCUAGUGUCUGCUGCCCACUGUCUAUAUGGGAGAAAUUUGAAGCCAACUAUGUGGAAAGCAAUCCUGGGACUACAUAAGUCAUCAAAUCAAACCUCUCCUCAAGUAGUAACUCUGCUGAUUGACCAAAUUGUCAUCAACCCACACUAUAAUAAACGAACAAAGGACAGUGACAUUGCAAUGAUGCAUCUUGAAUAUAAAGUGAAUUACACAGACUAUAUACAACCUAUUUGUUUGCCAGAUAUAAAUAAUGUUUUUCUACCAGGAAUAAAUUGUUCCAUUGCUGGCUGGGGUAUGAUUGUAAAUCAAGGUCCUACAGCAAGCAUAUUGCAAGAAGCUAAUGUUCCACUUCUAUCAAAUGAAAAAUGCAAACAACAGAUGCCAGAAUACAGCAUUACAGAAAACAUGGUAUGUGCAGGCUAUGAAGAAGGAGGAACAGAUUCUUGUAAGGGAGAUUCUGGAGGACCAUUAAUGUGUCAAGAGAACAACAGGUGGUUCCUGGCUGGUGUGACAUCAUUUGGAUACCAGUGUGGGCUUCCUAAUCGUCCAGGGGUGUAUGUUCGUGUCUCAAGGUUCACAGAAUGGAUACAAAGUUUUCUACAUUAA